UAAAAAUGAGAAUUAAAAUCUGGCAAUACCUAAUCUGUUGUACUUUAACUUUCGAAAAUAUGGGUUCAUCAGCUAUCCGGCUAAGAUUUGCUUUAGCAAAUAUAUUAAAUGUUUCGAGAAAGAUACCACAUGUUUCCUGCAAUGUUACAAGAACUUACUUAAUAUCCAGUUUAAAUUUGUAUAAAUCUUGUAGUUAUCCUCUUGGUAAUUCCUAUUUCUGUGGCAAGGUCUUUGCCAACUUAACUCCAUCUGUAAGAAAUUUUUCUAGUGAUGAGAAGUUUAGUUCAGAGGAGGUAACCCAAAAAGUUUUACAUGUUUGCAAAACAUUUGACAAAAUACCAGCUGACAAGCUAACUUUGGAUUCACAUUUCAUGAAUGACCUUGGUUUAGAUAGUUUAGACCAUGUGGAAUUAAUCAUGAAUAUUGAAGAUGAUUUUAACUUCGAAAUUCCUGAUGCAGAUGCGGAGAAGUUAUUGAGAGUUAAAGAUAUUAUAGAAUAUAUUAUUCAAAAAGGUUUAAGUGCUGCUGAAUAACAAAGAUUUUUAGACUGAAGAAAAGUUUUGUGUUUGAACAUAUUAGAUCUCUGACAUUAUGUAGCAAAAAUACCUUUCAUGCAUUUCAAGAUUUUUUUCCCUUUCUUUCAAGUCUUAAAAUUAAGUUAAAUGUAGAUUUAAAAUGUUUACUUUGUAUUAAAUAAUUGUUUUGUGUUUACUAGGCAUUAAAUUAUAGAACUGUAUUUCUUUUACCUUUCGUUUUUGUACUUGAAAAUUGUAAAAAUAGUCUGAUACAUUGAUUAAAGUUCCAUAUUUUUUGUAUAA